GGAUACCGCCAUGGGUGGGCGUGGUACCGUCAUAGUCUCGAAGGUCCUGGAGCCAGCCAACCACGGCAUUCCGGUGUCGGAGGACGAGGCCAUGCAAAGCGUGACCUUCGAUCAGGUCCACCGAUGCAAGCGCACCACCCUAUAGCUCAGCAUCGUUCGAAGGUGCUCAAGCAGUACGUCGUCGUGGAUCAAGACGAAGAUGGGCACCACACGCUACACUUCGGUACAAGAGCAACCCCGACCACGAUGGUAUUGCCGUACCUCCGCCGUGUGCGAGACUUUUUUCGAAAAGGCGUUUGUGCGAAGGUCGGCGACGGUGAAAAAACUUGAGAGCUUCAUACGGUUCGGCUUCGAAUACGUUGGGCCGAUUCUCUUCACCGAGUGUUGAUCGUCAAGACGGCGCUAAGCGCACUUCAAGCCGUGCUUCUUCG